GCGUCGCCGGCCCGCGAGCCGAGCGCCGGAAGCGACUCCACCACCGAAUCCGAACUCGCGUUCGCGCGCGAAAUGGAAACCACCGCGCGACAACUCGACGAGACCGCGAGGCGGGCGCUCGCGGAGAGCGGCGAUUUCGAUCGCGAACUGUCAGUGUUAACCGCGAGACGACUCCGGGACUCGUGGGGCGUCUGGGACGACGUCCUCGACGAGCUGCGACGACGGAUGGAACCCCAGUCGGCGACGCCCUCCCCGCCUCGAACGCCAUCCCCGGACCCCAUCCGGGAGCCCUCGUUCACGUCGACGCCGCUGCGAGCGGGCGACGCGCGAGUGCGGUCCACCCCCGAGCUGCGAGCGCGCGCCACGCCGCAGCGCGAGACGCCGGAGGAGCUCCGGGCGUCGCUCCAGCUGGUAGCGCCGCCGCCGCCGGGCGCCACGCCGCCCGUCCGCUCGAUCUCGGCGGGCUCGAAGGGGGUCACGUUCUCGCCCGUGGUGGCGGAGGUCAGCUGGCGCGAGACGAGCGCGAGCACCACGGAGAGCGAGACGACCGCGAGCGACGACGCGGCGGACGCGGAGGUGGAGGUGGUGGGGGCGGCGCAGGCGCGCGCGCCGGCCGCAGAGCGCGCUGCCGCCAUGACCGACGCGGGCGCGCGCGCGCCGCGCAGCCGCAUCGCCGGCUUCCUGUCGAGGUUCGCGAACUUCAGGUUUUCGGGGCGCAAGGAGAAAAAGUGUCGGGGCGCAGGCGCGAACGGGAGGGCGGUCGGGAGCGCGCCGCCGGCGGCAGACGCGGGGCAGGCUCCGCGCGCGGCGGCCGCCGGGCCGCAGUAUGUGCGCAUCCCGCUGAAGGAGGAGGGCGUGUCGCGGGCCGCGGGCCCCCCGGCGCCGGGCGGCGUGGCGCACAAGCCGCCGCGGCCGCGCCCGCCGCCCGCGCCGGCGCCCGGCGUGCUGGAGACGGACGUGGACACGCAGCGCACGGUGCUGCACGCGCGCUCGCUGCUGGCGCUGGCGCCGCCGGACCAGCGCGCCCCUCGCCCGCACAAGUCUAUGGAGUUCCUUCUCGACAAGGACAGCGCGCAGACAGUACAGCCUCCAGAGAACGAGUUGCAGAAGAAUUCUGAUCGCGUGCUCUCUGAGCACGAGCUGCGGGUACAGAGAUCGCUGCAGAAGCUCAAUGUGCCUGAAUGGUAUAAAAACGCCCCAACGCCUCGAGAGGGCUUUUUACUCCGAAAGCGAUUAUCUGACGCAUCAGCGUCAGCGACACGAUGGAGCGGCCUCAACUCGAAGACCACGUCGCUGGGCAGCCUGGGCGGCGUCACCGCCCAGCCGCCGCCGCCGCAGCUCUCGCCGCACACCACCAGCUUCGGGAGGUGGUCUACUAGCCGACUUAACUCGAAUCAAUCAGCGACACAAUGGAGCGGCUUCAACUCGAAGACCACGUCGCUGGGCAGCCUGGGCGGCGUCACCGCCCAGCCGCCGCCGCCGCAGCUCUCGCCGCACACCACCAGCUUCGGAAGGUGGUCUACUAGCCGACUUAACUCGAAUCAAGCCCUGAAGUCAGCGACACAAUGGAGCGGCUUCAACUCGAAGACCACGUCGCUGGGCAGCCUGGGCGGCGUCACCGCCCAGCCGUCGCCGCCGCAGCUCUCGCCGCACACCACUAGCUUCGGGAGGUGGUCUACUAGCCGACUUAACUCGAAUCAAACGUCACCUUGCUCAUCUACGCGCAGCAGUAUCCGCGGGACGAGCCCGCUCUGCUCGCCUUCUACCAGGUCUUCCUUCAGCGCCCGGCAGCCCUACCUCGGCUGGAGGAGUCAGGAGCGCCUCAAUAACACUCCACGGACACCGCAUGAGAGGCUAGCGUCAUCUUUACUCCAGCAGUCUGCUUCGGCGAAGGCGGCCGAAGAGAUCCAAACCUCUAUCAAGGAGGUGACUUCAGCCAUCGUGCACUACGUCUCGGGGCUGGAGCCUUCCAACGGAGAUAUUGACAGGCAGCCUUCCCCGCGCUCCAGUCAAAAGCUGUACUGGCUUGAGAGCUCUUUUGUUGGUACCAAACCGCUGGAGUCCCCACAGACUCCCCUAGUGGUGUCCGAAGCGCUGCCGCCGCCGCACCCGCGACCGCCGUCGUCGCUUCGGCUCGACCACCGCGCCGCGCCGGGCAACAGUUAUCAGAACCAAGAGAAUGUGGUGGUGAGAAGUGACACGUCAGACUUUAAGUCUCGAACCUCCAGCUCCUUCUACUUAAAUCACCUCCCUCUUGCUUGCAUACUUCUCUUGCCCCAAAAAAAAAGUAAAAAGGCCAGAUUAAUAACUGAGCGUAUAUUUGCAGACUGGCAAGACACGCGCCCCCUUAACCUGGGUAUCGCUAGGCCGUCUCCUGGGUCCACGACGCUCGAAGACGUGCUGGACUCGCUCUUGGGAUUGCCUUCGCAGCCGACCAGAAUCCCAACCCCUCAGCCCAGUCCUAGGAAGGCCUCUAGUCCAUAUUAUUUGAUGGGUGGCAAGAGCCCUCGCUACGAGCAGCUGGUAAGCAGUGGGCCGAGCACGAGCUCGCCUGCCUCUCGCUUCAUCGGGACCCCCAGCGAAGCCCCCAGCUCGGUCACAGACAACAGCCCCGAGCGACCAGGCAAGGAUACAGUUGAUAGCCCUGCCGCGAUGCAGGAGUCGCGCCGGCCGCGGUCCGCGCAGGGCGAGCGCUCCCGGCGCAGGAGCGAGCCUUUCGCGCAGCCCAGCGCCUCGUGCGACCGCCGCACCAGCCUCGACGCCGCCGCCCUCCGGCCCUCAGACUCACACCUCACCCACCACGACUCCAAAACCUCCCUCGCCUCCCUCCAAACGGACAACAGCACCGACGACGCGUUCGUCAAGUGCAAAUACCCCAAGUGCACCUCCCGGGCUCCCCUCGCGGACGCCAAACGACACUACAAAACGUGCCACAACUGCACCACCAUGUACUGCUCCAAAGAGUGCCGAAGGGCGCACUGGGAGAAGCACAGAAAAGUCUGCCUGCACUCCCGCGCGAGCGCCCUUUGCAGACAAAUCAUAGCCGCCGCCAAGGAAGACGCCGAUUCGCUGCACCAAAUCAGCACGAUAGCCCACAAAGGCUACCUGGCGCUCGGCCGAGGCGUCGUCAAAGUCUUCUUCACGAGUCCUGAGGCUGCGGAAAAAUUCGUCACGCACGGCUUCCAAUAUCUAAGCGAGCCUGAAUUCGUGAAGUGGACGUCUCUCCAGCCCAACGAGAUGGGCGUCGAGUUGUACACGGAGGUCGUGAAGCUGUGCAAAGCGUACAACCCCGAGACGAGGGUGAUAUUAUACGUGGCUGUGUGCAUCAUAAGCGAAGUGCCGACAAAGGGUGCUGUGAAAUGGGAGCGGCAGAUGGUGUCGCGGUGCGCCAAGCUGCGUCUGAGCAAGACUGUCACGGCGGCUAUUCAAGAGCAGAACCGCCGGCGCCACAGGCGGGACAGUAAGGGCACGCCCGAGGACAGGGAGACGUUGAUCCUGACAUCGAAACUGUGCAACGCCGGCGAGAAAAAUGCCGCCACUGCUCACAAAUUUAGGGAGAUAUGCUUUCACAACAUAUCGCACGAGCUCGAGAAGCGAGGAGUCGCGAUGAAGAAGCACUUCCCUGAAGUCUACUCGAGGCUGGCGGCGUACGUCGAUGGCACCAGCGAUAGGUUCAUUCCUAUGACUAUUUACCCUAAAGAUGUGACCAGUGGCCGGUCGUUUAUGUGUAUAAUCAUGCCUGAUAGUGAAAUGGACAGUGGAUCGCCGGUAGACGGCAAAGCGGUGACAGUGGACGUGGGAAUAGACCGGUCGCGACACCAGCUGUCUACUCCUAUGUGAAAGACUUAUGUAGUAGGUAAUAUCUGGCAAACGCAGACGCACUUAUUGUCAAGGGCAGUCACGAGCGUGUAUGAUGCUCUGAGAAUCAUCGUCGUAUAUGCCCUUACUUGCGCCACGUGGCGGUUUUAUUUAAUAUUUUACUCUCCCUGAAUCUCGUGUGUGAAUGAUGUAACGUUUAAUGUGCCCUUAAAUUGUAAUUAUUUUAGAUAAUGUAAUUAAAGUCUAAGAUCAAAUCAUAGAUACAUAAACGCAAAAAAUAAAUUACAUAACAGAAGCGAUGAAGUACAAUCGAGAGCAAAAUGUUUAACAUUAUUUAUUUUUGAAUUGCCUUUGAUCCAUUAUCUUCUCUAAACUGAAUGUUUCCUAAUUUUAGUGCUUACAAGUAUGAUUGUUGUUUUCUCGUUGAAAUAAAUGUUCACUUAAUUUAAGUAAAAAAAUAUACAAUGUUGUGACGCAUGUUAUCAAAAGUACAUUCUUUUGUAACUGAAGCAUUUAUUUAUAAAUAUUUAUCUUAGUUAAGAACUUGUUUAUGCAAUUUGACAAUAGUUUAAAAUUAAUCGUACUUAAUAAUGUUACAUGCCGGUUUGUGGCACAGAAUAAUGUAUUUAGAAUUUUUUUAAACGAAGAAAUAGAUUCGAGUAUGCUUUUAUUAAAUUAUUGUUCAUAUAAAGAGUGAUUUUUAUACAAAGAUGCUUAUAAAAUGCAUGUUCUUGCGAGAAAAAUAUAGUGUUUGUCUUUAGAUAGAGAUUGACAAAACACUAAUUUAUUAAUUAUCUUUGGUAAUUAUUAUUAGUGUGCUGUAGAAGGGACCUAGAACCGCAUUCCACAACCUGUUACAAGUAGUAAAGCUGUUUUCAUCUUAGUAACUAUUUAACUUAAAUAAUUAAUCUGAAAAUCGACUGAAUGUUCCAUAAUCGAGGGUAUUUAAUACCUGUAAAAUGAUUUGUCUGAAACACUUUUACUGACGACUGUACCUAUCUCAGAUCAUAGUAUGAUCUGAGGUACCUAUACUUCAACAUUCCUGUAAAAGAUGGCGUUAAUUUUAAA